AUCAAGCCUCAAUCAAUCACAGCGAGCGAACCAAGAAACGAAGUCCCGAAACUUUUAUUUCUCCUCGUCGUCCAACUGAAUCGGUAGCUCAAUUCGCUCCCCGCUUCAAACCGCCGCUUCCCUGAAAAAUUCGCCGGUUUUUUCGCGGCUCAGGCAGAGUCGAGUAUAAUCUUCCCAAUGGAAAACCAAACCUCUUUUUCAUAUGGAAGAAGUAGCAACGACAGCAACAACGAAGCUGGAGAUUUCGAAUGCAACAUUUGCUUAGAAUUAGCUCAAGACCCAAUCGUCACCCUUUGUGGACAUCUUUUCUGCUGGCCAUGUCUUUACCAAUGGCUCCAUGUCCAUGCCCAUUCAUGGGAUUGUCCUGUUUGCAAAGCCAUUAUUGAAGAAGAGAAGCUAGUCCCUCUCUAUGGCCGAGGGAAAACCUCCACUGAUCCUCGCUUUAAAACAAUGCCAGGUGUGAACAUCCCACAUCGACCUGCUGGCCCUAGACCCGCUAAUGUUCCUCGUCCCCCUGAAUCUAACCAUAACCAUAACCAUAACCAUAACCAUUUUCCUCAUAUGAAUCCUUGGUUCAUGGGUGGAGCUCCAGCGGCUAAUACAAGAUUUGGGAAUUUUACAUUCUCUGCCGCUAUUGGCGGUUUGUUUCCAUUGUUAAACUUUCAGGUUCAUGGGUUUCCUGACACUGCACAUAGUUAUGGACCAGCUGCCGGGUAUCCCUACGGGUAUGCACAUUCAUUCCAUGGACAUCAUGCUCAUGGUCUUCAUCGACACAUGCAUCAUGGACAUGGGCAGCAACUGGAUAAUUAUCUGAAGGCGCUGCUUAUUAUGAUCGGUGUGCUUGUUAUCGCUGCUCUUAUUUGGGUUUAAUAGAACAUAUGACACUUGUUUUUUUGGAUAGGGGGAUUCUCCUUUUUUUUCAUCUUGUGUGGUGUUGUAAGCUUCCUCAAGCUAUGGUUUGAAUUAGCAGUUAAUAUAUUGUUAAUAUAUUAUCUUAUUAUUAUAA